GCAAAAUUUCGCAAGGUUACAACUGUCCCCUCCUCCCGUCCACCCACCCACCCAGAAAGAAAGGGAAAAAAAAAGUUCACACCCAAAUCCCCCUUCCCCCGAUUCGAUUUCCUCCUUCCCCUCCGCCGCCGCCGCCGCUGCGCAGAUCCGCCGCCAUGGCGUCCUCCCGCACCUCCUGGGCCGACGUCGCCGACGCCGAGCCCGCCCCACCUCCACCCGUCACCGCCCCCGCCCCCGCCGCCGCAUCCAACGGCCCCGCCCCGCGGUCCUCCUACGUCCCGCCCCACCUCCGCAACCGCCCGGCCUCCUCCACCCCCGCCGCCUCCGCCCCGCCUCCCCGCUCCACGGCCGGCCUCCUCUCCCGCCCCGGCGCCGGCAGCAGCUUCGGCGCCUCCGCCACCGGCGGCAGCUUCGGUGCCGGCCGUUCCCGCGGCGGGCGGUCGUGGGACCGGGAGCCGGACCCGUUCGCGGACUCCGACCCGGCCCCGGCCCCCUCCUCCGCCACCGACGGCACCCCGUUCGAGGAGCACCAGAACACGGGGAUCAACUUCGACGCGUACGAGGACAUCCCCGUCGAGACCUCCGGCCGCGAGGUCCCUGCCCCCGUCUCGACGUUCGCCGAGAUCGACCUCGGCGAGGCGCUCAACGACAACAUCCGGCGGUGCAAGUACGUGCGCCCCACGCCCGUGCAGCGCCACGCCAUCCCGAUCUCGCUGGCCGGGCGGGACCUCAUGGCCUGCGCGCAGACCGGGUCCGGGAAGACGGCCGCGUUCUGCUUCCCCAUCAUUAGUGGCAUCAUGAAGGGACCGCCGUCUGCUGGAGGUGGGAGGCAAAGGGGUGGCGGGAUGGGGAUGAGGACCGCUUAUCCGUCCGCGCUCAUACUCUCGCCUACUAGAGAGCUCUCCAUGCAGAUUCAUGAAGAGGCGAGGAAGUUUUCGUAUCAGACUGGUGUUAGGGUAGUUGUUGCUUAUGGAGGAGCGCCAAUUACUCAGCAGCUAAGAGAACUUGAGAGGGGUGUUGACAUUCUUGUGGCUACCCCUGGCCGAUUGGUUGAUUUGUUGGAAAGGGCAAGAGUAUCUUUGCAGUCAAUUAGAUACCUUGCUCUUGAUGAGGCAGAUAGAAUGCUUGAUAUGGGUUUUGAACCACAAGUUAGAAGAAUUGUUGAGCAAAUGGACAUGCCACUUCCAGGUGUAAGGCAGACAAUGCUGUUUAGUGCGACGUUCCCAAAAGAGAUCCAGAAAAUGGCAUCAGAUUUCCUGGAUAACUACAUCUUCCUGGCUGUUGGAAGAGUUGGGUCAAGUACCGAUUUGAUUGCCCAGAGAGUUGAGUUUGUGCAGGAGGCAGAUAAGAGAAGCCACCUGAUGGAUCUUCUUCAUGCACAAAGAGAUACAGGAAAGCCAACUCUCACGCUUGUCUUUGUGGAAACCAAGAGGGGUGCUGAUUCAUUGGAAAGCUGGUUGUGCAUGAAUGGGUUUCCAGCUACUUCUAUUCAUGGAGAUAGAAACCAGCAGGAAAGAGAAUAUGCUUUGAGAUCCUUCAAGAGUGGGCAAACUCCUAUUUUAGUUGCAACCGAUGUGGCAGCUCGGGGCCUCGACAUUCCUCUUGUUGCUCAUGUUGUGAACUUCGAUCUCCCUAAUGAUAUUGAUGACUACGUACACAGGAUUGGAAGAACUGGAAGAGCCGGGAAGAGUGGGCUUGCAACUGCCUUCUUCAAUGAUAAUAACUCAUCACUGGCAAGAUCUCUUGCUGACCUAAUGCAAGAAUCUAACCAAGAAGUACCUGCAUGGCUCUUACGCUAUGCAGCUCGUCCUUCUUAUGGUGGUGGUGGUGGUGGGAGGAACCGGCGAUCAGGUGGAGGGAGCCGCUUUGGUGGCCGUGACUUCCGCAAUGAUUCUUCCUCAUUUGGCAAGGGGGGAUCUCGAGGUGGUGGUGACUACUAUGGUGGAGGCAGCAGUGGUGGUUACGGUGGUGGCUCCUCAUAUGGAGGUGGUGGAUACGGUGGUGGAGCUGGGGCUCCGAGUUCCUGGGAUUAAUGUUAUAGUUGCUCCCUAGUAGGGUCUGCCAACUUUAGGUCACCUUUUACUCUAGUUUCAUUUAGGUAUACAUUUUUGGUAGGAGCUGUUUUACAGCAACAGUACAAGGUGAAUGUGGUCAUCCCCUUUUUUCUUCUGGUUACUACUGGCUGCAGUCUUAUCUUGCAGAUGUCCGUUACGGAGAGCGUUCUUGAGGACAUUCAAGCACACGAGAUUCCUAGUUAGGUGAAAUUCCUUGGUAGGGAUAGUAGCUAGGCUGACAUGUAGUGCUUGGUGUGAAAUUUCUGCCUUUGCUUUUUUGUUCCUUUGUCAGUGUCGGAAUUUUGGUGGUCGGUUGUAAAGCUUGUGUUGAGGGGGCUUUUACGGCUUGAUUUUUGUCCUGGAUUCAGAGUUUUGACACCCGGAGGUUGAAGAAGCGGUAGGAUGAUGAUGAUAGUCCUUAGAUCCCUGUUGUAAUGUACAUACUGCGAGUUGAGGCUGGAUAGAAUAAAUUAUGUUGGCUUGUUUAGAGGAAGAAGGGGGAAGUUGUGUGUGAUGGUUUCUUUAGAGAAGAUUCCUGUUAAGUGUGUACUGCGAAUUUGUUUUGGAUGGAGUCAAAACUGAUAUUAUCAAUGUCAUCCAAA